UCAUUGCCGUCGUCGCCACAGCCGCUGUGAUAAGAGCCGUUGAUUCUGUUGUAAGUCCGAAUUUGAGUGCCGUGUGCGUGCGUGCGUGUGCGAGUGUUUGUGUGUGUGUGUGUGUGUGUGUGUGGUAUUGCAGCAGCAACACAGCGACUUGGGACCCGUUUAUGGAUAUUUGUGUGCUGUGCCGAAAACCGUUUUCCGCGCAAUCAUACCGUUCCGAUUCCUGGUGCUUAUCGACGUGAGGAAUACGGCGCGAGUACGCUACGGUGUAGACGUUGUAGACGUACCUACCUAGUUUCCACCGCGUUUCGUUCAUUUUUCUGCUUGGUUUCUUACCGCUUAAACACAGUCAGUGUCCCGAUCGCACGUAUAAUGGCUGCUCAAAUCAAACCAGGGCCUAGCUCGAGCAAUGACAAAUUGAAUACGAAUCGGAAGCCAGUGCUAUUGGCCAAAAUCGAAGGGUGCAGCGACAACGUGAACAAAGCCGUCUACAUACCGGACACUGACGGUGUCAUCAGUGUUUCGAGCGAUCGAUCUGUGAGAGUAUGGUUAAAAAGAGAUUCAGGUCAAUAUUGGCCUAGUAUUUGUAAUUACUUGCCGUCACCUGCUGUUGAUUUAUUUUACCGUCCAAUCACUAGACAAUUAUUUGUUGGGCAAGAAAAUGGAACUAUAUCAGAAUUUAUACUAGAAGAAGAUUUCAAUCGUAUGGAAUCUAAAGGUGAUAUCCUAGCACAUUAUGGUCGUAUCACUGGAAUGAUCUGGACUGAAGUAUCUAUAGAUGGAAUUUUAGAACAAUGGAUUUUAAGUACAUCUCGUGAUAAGAGAUUUCAGUAUCAUAAUGCUAAAAAUGGUAAUCCAAUUGGUCCACCUUUUGUUUGUGCAGCAUGGUGUACAUCAUUAGAAUAUGAUGCAGAAUCUGCUCAUGCUUUUGUUGGAGAUUAUUCUGGCAAUAUAACAAUGCUUAACAUAAAGGCUGAUGGAUUACAAGUUGUUACAACAUUAACUGGUCAUACUGCUUGCAUUGAAACUCUCACCUGGGAUGUAUCUACUAGACGUUUGUUUUCAGCUGGUCAUGAUCGUUUGAUUAUAGUAUGGGAUAUUGGAGGUGGCCAAGGCACAGCUUACGAACUUCACGGUCAUACUAAUAGAGUAACAUCUUUAGCAUUUGUAUCAUCUAAAAACCAAUUAAUAUCUGCUGGUGAAGAUUCAGUUUUGGUAUUUUGGGAUUUAAAUGCUGAAAGAAAAGAAACACCACCAUGGGCUGAAUCAGAUAAUUGUGAGUCUUGCAGCCGUCCAUUUUUGUGGAAUAUAACUGGAAUAUUUGAACGCAAACAAUUUGGAUCAAGACAACAUCAUUGUAGGGCGUGUGGUCGUGCUCUCUGUGAUAAAUGUAGCCAAGAACAAUCCACCAUACCUUCUAUGGGCUUUGAGCUUCCAGUAAGAGUCUGUAAAUUUUGCAGCACUAAUAUAGAUCAUACACCACUUGCAACAUUCCAUGACGCUAAGCAUAGCGUAAUGUCAAUAACAAUGGAUUUACAACGGAAAUGUAUCGUAACAGUUGGUCAAGACCGGGUUAUAAAGAUUUGGGAUGUAUCAAGCCUAUUGUUAUAGAUUACCUUUAAAUUACCUUUCACUGUUUAUGUAUUUUAUAAUUGCAUUUUAAGUUUUCUUUUUAUAAUAAAAUAUGAAAAAUGAGUGUAAUAUCUAAGCAUUUAUCACUAUCUAUAAAUAAUUUAGUUAAACAUUUAUAUCAAAAUAUAUCUUAUGGGAGAUAAUGUUAUUUAA